AUGGCAAGGACGCAAUCAUCUCCAGACUCCGGUUCGGCACUAGCCACUGUAAUCCAAGUCACGUCACGCAAAUCUCAUCCAGCAUCUUUGCCUCGCGACACCAGACGAGAUGAACAGCAACGUACACUGCCUUCAACGCGUCAUCGAUGGCUUACGCCCUCUCCGUGGACAGACUGGAAGAGUGCCACUCAAUCAGGAACUUCAUCUCUGCCACCCGGCAACGAGCCGAACAAAGGUAGCUGGCGCUGCACGGUCUUCCUUUGUCCUAGAAAAAACAAAGACAGUCCAAACGAAUAUAAAAGGCCAUUACCAGCCCUAGGUUCCACUCUACCCACCCAGUUAGCCAACCGGUCUUCCACAACCAUCUCAACCUUCGUCUCUGCUGGGGUCAAACCAAACAAAAAGCAGAAAGUCUCGGAGACCUCUUUUAGGCCUAAACCAACCUGCCCACGGCUGAAGACGCUUUCCCCUACAACAAAAUCUCCCGCUCCGGAGAAAAACCCCCAAUCCUCCCGGCAGGAUCUGCUACCCCUUCACCGAUGCCGCCUUCCCAAGAGUAUACCAGGCUUCCCAGAAGACUUACGAAAGGAAAUCGCGGCCUCCCCUGGCUCCUUCAUUGCUGUGAUCCCCUACGGUGCCCGACCAAAAUUCUACUCAGACAACCCAAGAACUGAUCUCCUCACGGAAUUCCUUGAAGGGUUCGACUUCCCAGACAAGGGCACCAUCACGGCUUUAUUUCCAGUGAAAUCCAAAGAAGAGAGGAAAGGAUGUAACAAGGAGGAUCACCGCAGCAGGAAGAGCGCGUUCGACAAACCGUGGCCCCUCGUCGUCACCAGUAUCUCGGACGACUUCAUCAAAUUCCUUCUAUGGCACCAGUGCUUCGCCGUCCCCUCGCGUGUGGUAUGGAAUUUUGUCUCGUUCAAUCCUAAAGCUCUUGCGUGGGUCAUCACCGCCUUCCAAGGGAAUGUCGUUCGCGAUGAUGCCCCCCCCCCCUUCAUAGCCGAAGCCCAAGCAUGUCUCAAAUCGGCAGCCUGGCGUGACAUACCUCUACGAAACCUCGUCAAAUGCAUCACACAAAGCCAGGGUAAUUUCGGAAACCCGGUAGAACUCACCGUCUGGAUGACUCAACCCUGGGACCUCCUUCGCGCUGAAACAAAGAAUCUUGACAAUGACAAAGGGCCGGUUUUCAUGUUCAUGGGUGAACCUAUUACCGACGACCUUGAUUCCAUCGGGCGCUCACGGCCUACAUCAGAAGACUCAGGAACCCCCAAAGACCCAAGCCAGAAGCGAAAGGAAGGUAGCGAGAAGUCAGGCAUUCGCUCCAAGCGUGGAAGGAACCACGAUAACGGUUGGAAAGUUGUCGGGCGUGAGAUCCUUUACUUCUGCUUGUUUGAUCUCGUGGAGGGGAGAUACAAUCAAGUGGAUUCAUCAAAUGCUUUUGAGCACAGUUCCAAACCAGUGUGGGACUUGGCUCGGGUCAUCACAAACGUCCUUGGUAGCUGUCUCCUAACGGAUGAGAUUCCUGUAUCUGUUAGGACUCUAACAGGCUGA